CUUCGGGCCUCUUCCACCAACCUCGGCGCUCCGCUGCCUCGCGGGUCUCCUCCCUCACCGGCUCGGGCGCAAUGCAUGUCCACGGUCAUCUCUCUGCGCCGCUUGUCGUGUGGAUCGUCGCUGGACUGCUUGGCCAGAAUGCAGCUGCCGCCAAUGCUCCCUACGACACCAAAAAAUGCGUCGGCAUCAGCUCUGACUCCGAGGCUUGGGCAUGGAGCGAUCCUACUCAAGGCUACGACAUCGACGACAGCUCCUCGAGCAGCUUCACCUCGACCCUCCAAGCCUGCGCCAACAGCUGCUCGCCGACACAGGAGCUGCGUCUGCAUCUCGUCAGCUGCGGAUGGUUCGACCUCUGUCCCAAGUGCAUGUGCUUCCAAAAGAGCACCAGUUUCCAGCCGUGCUACAGCAACAGUCCCGAAGGAAGCAGCCAGGACUCUCGAGUCUACUGGUUCACUACACCACCACCACCACCUCCUCCUCCUCCUCCUCCACCGCCGCCGCCGGCAACGUCACCCUCGGCCCCAUCACCAACUUCAAGCCUGCCUGGACCUGGCACCUCCACCAGUAUCCAGUCCUCUGCUGCCUCACCUGGAUCAAUCACUUUGUCCUCUGCUUCAUCUGACGCUGCAUCCGCCACCCCUUCCGAGCCGCCAUCUGGAAGUGCCCAGGGCCUAGUCUCCGGGGGGCUUGGAGACGGCACCGCUACCAACCCAACGCAGCCCUCUGGCGUGCUCCCCACAAGUAUGAGUACUCUGGCCGCCGCUGGCGCUCGAGACCUGAGCCAAAGCGUUAGUCCGAGUCUCCCCUUGAUUAUUGGCAUUGUCAUCGGAUGUAUCGCUCUACUGUCUAUCGCCGUGGCUGUGGUUUGCUUUGCACGGCGCCGGCAUAAAAGUGCACAGCAUAGCAACUCGCCGGACAGUGAGCUGAAGACCAUCAAAACCACAACACCGCCGCCGCCGCCGGGUCAGUCCGUCACCGAAUUUCAAGCCGGCAGCCCUUAUACCAGGGGCGUCAGUGAUUCUCAGCGAGCCACCAGACCGACGAACAGGGGCGAGACACCGGCAGCACCCGCCUUCCCCAACCAGUCCUUUGACUCGUCGCGCAACUCGGCCUUCAACGACGACUUGUAUCUUUCGAGGCUGUCCAGCGACGAAGCUCCGCUGAUCCGGUCCAACUCACGCUAUGGAACAUCCCGAGCAGCCGACCCAUCGUCGCCAGAGAGCACCGGUCGGGCAACUCCCACUGGCGCCGCCUUGUACACUCAGAGCGUUAUUCAGCACCUCGUUCGGCCCUCGACACCGAGCCAUUUGGACUCUUCCGCCUCUGUGACCACGGGCAUGCAGCCCAUCUCUGGUUAUUUGGUGGCCGAUACCCGCCGCAGCCGCUCGGAUUCGAAUCUGCAGUCCGAGCUUGGACACAUGGCCCUGGACUCGAGCGCAGUCGGCAAGUUCUACCGGCCGGCCGGCGUCGACAUGGCCACAGCCCUGAAUCUGUUUGAAUUUUUGGUAGCAAAGCAUGCUCAAGACCCGACCGAGCGAGACCACGUCAAGAUCUCGGUCGGAGAUAUUGUCGGCGUGAGACGAUCCGAUGCCGUAUCCAAAGCCCUGGUUAGGGCCGUCAAUCUGAUGACCUCGCAGGUCGGGCUGGUACCGAGACAAUGGCUCGAGAACGAGCGGCUAGUUGCGCACCGACGCAGCCCAAGCGUUUCACCAUCGUCAACGACGCUCGGGGCACCCCAGAGCCUGGCGGGAUCCUCCGACUCUGCACCGACCGAGAGCCACCAGUCGGAGCACGUAACCGAUAUGUCGUCGGGGUCUGGCACCAAAAACUACUACUGUGCAGUGGUCGGCUUUGCGGCGCGCCAGACCGAUGAAGUUGACCUGCGAGUGAAUGACAUUGUGGUAAUCAUUACCUCGUAUGACGACGGAUGGGCCUUUGGCAUGAACAAAUCCAGCGCCAAGUUUGGCAUGCUCCCCAUCCAGUGCCUCAUUUCCAUCACGGAUGAGGACGCCCUUCGGAUCCUGAGCCAACAACGGAGCAUCCUUGGCCCGGCUUCGCCGCUUCGACCGCCGAGCUCACAGGCCACCAAACCACCUGGCUCGACAACCGCCCUGGAGGAGAAGCUUGGCCCUUCCCAGACCCUGCGCAUCUUGCUAGACCAGGGCGCCCUGACACAAGAUCAAUACGAUGGCGCCCUGCGCCUGGCGACCUUGAUCUCAAAGCAAUAAAAGCGACACACUCCUUUUCCAUGGGAGGCUGCCUGAUCCACCACCACCGCGACUGUUGCUGAUUCGGCCAUUGGCUGGUCGUGGUGGCAAUCUACCUACACUUUAUUCAGAAAAAAACGGGACAAUAUAGCCGUUUCCAUGAACAUGUAGUAUGUGCUGUG